GAACAUAUAGUUCAGUUGAAGUAUGGAAUGUACAGAAAUAGAUCAACUGUUCACAACAGGAAUAUAUACUAGAGACUGACACCAUCAAAUCUGCACGCUAAAUUAAAACAAUAUCCUACAAACUUAUAUCCAGGUGACAGCAACCGGCUAAUGCGGCUAAAUACACAGUUUCAGAUUGCUUCACAAAAAUAUUUAAAUAUUCAUUUAUUUUUGUGUAUAUAUGCAUAUCUUUGCACAUACGUACACCUGGGUCUAAACAGAAAUAUUCAUCGGGAAUACUUCAACAGCAGCCCUCACCACACAUUACCAAAUGUGUGCUUGUUGACCGAAACAGUGGUGACGUUUUCCAAAUUCUACGAAUUUCUUUGCAAUUAAAGACGUUACUGCACCUAUUGUAAGCUACAAUCAACAUUAUAAAAUAUACAUUUCCGGAAUUUAAAGUAACUCACAUUCAAUUUUCGUGAUUUUCCCUUUGAUAAAACUUUCUUGUGGAGAUGGACAGAAGUUUUGAACGCUCAAACACGUCGGAAAUAGAAGAUAUCAUUGAAAUUCCAGAGGAUUACAAACAAACCUCAGGAUCGUCAUCUGAAAACACCACACGCAUCUUACCGGCUGCAAUUACAAGCAAACACUCUCAGAUAGAGGCGAAUUCAAUUCACCGAAUGAGAGUGGCUGAUGACAACUCAACUGAUCAUAAAGUCCCAGAAAAAGAGAACUACUCUCCACCAAAAUCAGACAGUGAUAAAAAUUCACCGCUACUGAGUCCAAAAAUGUAUAAUUCAUCAGCAGAAUACAAAAAUCACUUCCAUUUACAAUCUGUGAAUGAUGAACGAAUUACGCCUAGAUCAUCUGGUAUUAAACUAUCCGAUAAUCUUAUAAGGCCAAAAAAUCGUCGAGCAUAUAUGACACGUUCAGCCAACUUGGUCUACGAUACACUAGAUGAAUUCUCAGAUAACUUCGUUGUUAAUGACCGGUAUAAUUCUGUUACACCAGCAAAUCUCAGAGUAUACAGUGAUAAUAAUAAUAAUAAACGAUAAUUCGAAUAAUAUCAACAAUAACAUUACUAUAAGUAAACCUGUCAGUCAUCGUGAAAUUCCUGAUAAUCAGUACUGCAUUCAAUACAAACGAGUAAAAGCAAGAAGAACAAGUUCAAGUUCCCAAGCCGAGUUCAUUAAAACGUCGAAAAACAAAGGAUGCAUUAAAGAUAGACCGGUACAAGACAAUUAUCAAUCAAACAUUUAUUCUUCAAGGCAAAUAAAUGAAGACUAUACUAAUUGCACAGUAAAUCCUGGUAUUUACGCAUUAAAUUGUUUACCAAAAGAUCAAGAUCCGGUACAAAAGCAUAUAGAAACAUGGUUAAAAGAAGCUGUAGCUCGAAAAACACAAGGGAAAGUGCAAAUUCGAAGAAGUCACAUGUCACAUGUAAGCAGUGGUGAGGCUCAAAGAGAACCACCGGAAACUGUUACCCCACAACCUCACAGUUUUGACGCUCCAGUCUCACUGUAUCCUGAUGAGUGCUUAUUCACUGCUGGAUACAUACGGCGUAAGCCAUUUAGUACCAGCCUGCAUACAUCAACUGAUAGCCAGCAAAUCAAACAGCCAUCGAUUACAAGAGACAGUAUCGAUGCACCCUGUUAUUAUGAACCUGCAUUCGAAAAGUACACCGAAAUAAACAACAACGACAAUAGAACAAAUGAAAGGCUGAAUCUGCCCCUAUAUGAUCACACGAAAUUAUAUCGUAGACAUAGCGAUAAUCCAAUAUCUGAGGUAUGCAACAAAAAUUAUGAACUAUCUCAAGAAAUUCGUCAUGUCAGUCACGCUACUCAUAAUACUAAUAGUAGCCACACAAGUAGGGAUUAUGAUUUUUCACCGUUUAACACUGAUCGUUUAUUGGUGACUAACAUAUCACGCGAACGUGCCAGUUCGUUUCAAGAAUCAAAUCAGGUAAACAAAGAGUAUCCAUAUCAUUUUAACAAUCAUGAUAUUUUUAAUAAUAAAAGGCGUUCGUACAAUAAAAAUAACAGUAAUAAUUUAUCCCUUAGUCAUCAUGUAAAUAUUAUGCAUACUAACGUCGAAAGAUCAAUAAAUCCGGCAAACUUAAAGCAGAGUCAUAGUUUCAGUGAAAGGCACAAAAUUCCCAAACAACCGAUAUUUACACCUCCAUUACAGAAAUAUCGUCUCAAGCACACCUUAUCAGAGGAAAACAGAAGAAAUAUGAUGCCUUCAGUGUGCAGUAACAUGAAUACAUCACAAUCAUUGCGUAAAAUGAUAGAUUUAAACAAAUCCCUACAAAUCUCAAUAGAUUCGAAUUAUAGCCAGCACAUAAACUAUGAACUAAACAGACGUGAUUCAAAAUAUUCUAACAUGCUACAGCCUAAUUCCUCUAGUGACUAUUCCGUAUUUCAUCCACAUCUUUUAAAUAUGCAUAGUGAAAGACGCUAUUCACGACACUUAAAGCCAUUGGACGCCUGGCAAAAUAGACAGUCACACAGUAUGGAGAUUGUCAACACUAUACCUAUCAAUCAGCGUUCGUCAUCCAGCCCGCAGAAACGCAGUCCGUUAUCCAAGCAAACAGCUAUUCGUAAAUUACCAGCUGUUUAUAGUCGAUCGCUUCAACAUUCCACGUGUUCAUUUCCAGUUCAUUGGGGUGGCUUUCUCAGUGGACCAACACUAUCUCUCACAUCAGCAUUUGAUUCGUCAAGUUUAACGCCCGAUUCCCUAAACCAUAAACACUUUUUUCGUAGCUCUUUAGAUUCUCACGAAGCGACACAGCCUGUAUUAUUGCAGCAACAACAACAACAGCAACAAAUUCAGCAACGAUUACAAAAGUCUUACAGAAAUAUGUUUUCAGCCUCAGUUUCGGAAUCACCCAACAAUUUGAUCGGAACAGAGGAAUCGAUAACAAGCAGUCGACAUGUUAAGAGUUUACACCAGUCGCGAAUAAACUUAUUACCAUGGUCAUAUAACAACAAUAGUAGUAAUCUCACACAACCGCUUGCACGUAAAGUCCACAGUUUUGAAUUGAAUUCUAACCCUCACUACCAAAAAUUAUUACCUGAUCUUAUUAGGAAUAAUUCAACUCUGUUAAAAGUCAACGACAAUCAGUUAUCUGGACAUUCAGCUUACUCCUCAAGACGUGGUUCAUCAAAUAGUAAUAAUUCCGUGUUCUUCCCUAAAGAAGGGAGACUUUCUAAGCCCAAGGUAAAUAGCGAAAUUGCCUCCGUUCAAAAUUCAGUAUUCUACAAUGCCGACAAUUACCACAAUCCUAAAGGCAAUAACACCCCCAAUACUGAUACUGUGUCACAAUCAGUAGUUCCAGACAGUUCGGUGAAACCAAUAGAAAAGCUUAUACCACCGGAUCUUAUUUUUAGUCCAGCAUCACGACGUGCUUCAAUGAUGGAUGAAGAUAUAUCGGGCAUUCAGGAUUCAACUUUAAACGUCACAAGUGGCUUAACAGAAUUUUAUUUAAAUCACUCAAAUGAUGAAAUCAAUACUCCCAAUGUGUCUAUCGAAACACUUCACCAAGACGUCAUCAGUACAAAAGGUAUGAAUAAUACAAAUCCACUUUAUUAUAAAAAUAAACAUCCCGGUCAACUAAUGUCGACCCAUUUACAUGAAGCAGAUCAACACAACUACAUAUCACACCAUUACUUUCUAAAGUAUAGCAGACAUAAGUCAGCAGAUACAUUCAUCACACGAAAUGGACUGAAUUACUUUAAACAUUUCUAUUCUCAUAGGAAUAGUUCAACCAUUCAUCAGAACUCUCCAAAUUUACCCGAAAGCUAUUCUUCGUCAGAUCAUCAUAGAAUAAUACCACCAUCACAAUUACCUAUAUUAAUCAAUAAAGCCUAUAAAAACACUUCCCAAUACCAGUCACAUAUACAUGUGGCAUGUUGUUCACAAACUGACAUGAGAAAUAUAGAAAAUGCAUGGGAUUCUUUGGGUAAGGUUAUCAGUAAUUAUCCUAAACAUAUUAAAAAUGCCAGCACAACAAACUCUGAUUUUGAUUUAACCCGCCACCAAACCUUUCCAAAUGCUAAUAAUGAAGAUAACUAUAAUGAUGACAGAGGUAAUGAACACAAUAUCGAAACGCAAGACUCACUCGUUCAAAUACAGCCAUCAUCAGACGAAGAACUCAGUGAUAAGUCUGUACCUGAAUCUUUAACAUCAUUAUCACUGGUAUGCAAAGAUUAUCUCUUCAACAGUUCCCGUGGAAAUGAGAUAAACACUGUUGAUCCGUUACUUUUGAAGCCUUCCUUAAGGCCGAUUGUUGACAGCAGUGAAGAAAACACGAGUGACCCAUAUGAAAAUGAUACCUGUUUCAUUGAUCAGUCAGAACUCAUGAAUAUUUCGCAGAAAUCAACAGCCACAUCAUCCGCCAACCUAAUACAGUCAGCGUAUCAAAGAAACAAAAGUUCAACAGUAUUAAAUACGAACGUUUCAAACAAUGAUAAAAUUGAUAGUCAUGAUGCCAGACGAAGAAGUUUUCUGGCUAGAUGCUGGCAACAAGCUAUUCAGCAAGAUGAUGAACAAGGUCAUGAAGACAACUGCAAUAUUUAUGAGUCGGGAGACGAGUUCAGGAAAAAGAAGAAAAAAAUAAGUCGAUAUGAAUCUACAGGUGAACUGAACCAUUACAAAUGUAAAUACAAUGGUGGCAGUGAUAUCCAUAGAAAAGAUUAUGAGGACGAUUGUGCCGAUGACAUCGACAAAGAGAAAAAUCUGGGGGACCCAACAACAGCAUGUAAAAAUAAAUCACUAAAUAAUACACGUUGCAAAUCAAGUGAAUCCGGACUAAACUACUUAUACAGCAAUAGAAAUGAUAAUAAUCAUCAAAUCAAUAGUAGUAUAGUGAACAGUAGUAAUAAAUUAUACUUCAAACAAAUUCCACUAUCAAUGCGUUACCGACAACAAAAACAAGAAACAGAAGACUAUUAUAAUACAAAUAUCAAACCCCAAUAAAAUCAAAAUAUCACUGAACACCAUGGUUUGUAUAGUAUUAGACCUUAUUCUAUGAGACAUAUAUAUAUAUAUAUGUCCAAAUGGGUUGACAAACUAAUGCCUGUUUUACAAAAUACAAAAUGAAAUAGA